AUGUGGCAUGGCCAUUUCGCGCGCACAGCGGUGCGAGCGGGAGCUGUGCUUUCCUUCGCUGGGGCGCGGCUCGUCACCUCCAGGAAGCGGCGGGGAGUUGUCGCUGCCGGCAAUUAUGCAGAGCAUUUACCCACUUUGAAGGAGUUGCGGCAGUACCGGAUACAGACCGAGGAUGGAGAGACGACGCUACAUGUCUGGGAAGGGAGCCACAUAUUUUCGGAUGGGUGUGGAGUUCGCAAGUGGCCUGCUGCUGAUGACCUGCUUUCCUACAUCAGCCACAAUGGAAGACCGCGACACCUGCAGGUGAUGCAGGACUCGGACUCGAGUGUCUGGAGCGGUCAGCGUGUGCUCGAGUUGAGAUCUCAGUGCAAGUCAGAGAAGCUGGAAGAUUUGUGUGCGUGGCUGAAGCAGAUUGGGGUGCAGGGCGUGGAUGGUCUUCGGCUGGGUGCCAGUACGAAGGUGAACGGGGGUCUGGCUGCUUUUGCCACAAAGGACUUUGCGCCAGGUGAGGUUGUUUGCUUUGUACCGGAGCAGGGCAUUUUGGCUGGCGUGCGGCAGCAAGGUUUGCCGAAGGAGGCAUGCUUGGCAAGGGCGCUCCUCCGUGAAAAAGAGCUUAAAUCCGAGUCGUUCUUUGCACCGUACAUCAACUGCUUGCCAACAGCCCAAGAGCUUCCAUCAAUUCAUCCAUACUUCUGGCCGCCUGAGCUGGAGAUGGAGAACUUGAUGGCUGGCAGCGUCCACGGCCAGCGUGUCGCCAAAGAGAUUCUUGCUGAAGGCCGUGAAAACGUGGACUGUUUGGUCCGCACCGGCAUCUCCGAGCAGGAUGCGAGAUGGGCCCUUGCCAUCGUGGACUCCAGGGCUUUCACUUUUCAGCCCGACUCCCCCGAGGAGCAGCUGGCCUUAGUACCGCUAGUGGAUAUCCUGAACACCACCAGUCUCUUCAAGGACGGCGUGCAGCUCUGGCAGUGCUCCUUCGAGCCUCAUGGCACGGUCAAGGAGGGAGCACUGUUGCUUGCUGAGGGCCCGGUCAAAGAAGGUGAGGAGCUCCUUCACCUCUACGGCCCGAAUUCAAGCGCAACGCUCUGGAUGGUUUACGGCUUCCUCGAAAAUGGAGGAGGAGAGAAAGAGAAUGUGGAGAACCUCUUUGAAAUCUGCGGUCUUGAAGUCGAUGUGCCUGCCAUCCUCGUCGAUGACCCACCGGAGCUGAAGUCUUCGAAGCUGGAGGCCUUGAGUCGAGGGGAUCUCCCUGAACGCCUGGUGCUUGAGUUGCCCAGCGAUGCUCAGCUUGGGGGAAAGAUGAUGCCGCUUGCCAGGCUGCUCUCAUGCCAGAGCCAGGAGGAGGUGAAUCGGUUCGCAGGCUCUUUGAACCUCACAGUUCCUGAUCUUCAGGUGGACCUGCAGCGUGAACUCCUUGCACGGCGGCUGGUGGUGCAAUGGCUUCGCAAGGCCUUGCAGGACUCCUUCGAUGUUUCCGCUGUGCCGCUGCCGGAGUCGGAGACUUCGCAAAUGGCGGAGCUGCAAAGGACGGCAAAGCAGCUGGUUGCAAACGAGCGGCCGGUCUUGGAGCUGGAGCUGCUGGCCUCGGAGAGGUUCUGCGCGGGGGCAGAGGCUGCGCUGGAUGCUGGCGGUGCCUCUCUGCAGAGCUUCGUCUCGGAGCAGUGGGACGACGAGACGGGGUGGUUGGGGUCAGGCUGCGGCUUCCUGACGCUGAGCUUGGCCUGCUGUGGCGCCCAGGUCACUGCCGUCGAUAGCAAUCCAGCCGCCCUUGCUCUUUGCGCCGCCAGCGUUUCGAAAGCGGAGGCAGAUGGCAGGCCUGGAGAGUGCUUGAAAUUGUUCAUGCGCUCCUGA